AUGAACAAAGUUAAGCUUCUAUCCGACCUCGAACUAUAUAUUAGGGACUACUACGAGAAAGCACCUAAAGAUUGGUUAAGCACGACCACCGAUAUCUUUAAUAGCUACGACCUACCCGACCGAGUAUAUAUUCCGUACUUCGAGGUAGGACUUAAGCUAGAUAUUAAGGAUAAGCUAGCACGAAUCGAUAGGCUAGAAACCCUAGACUAA